GGGGACGGCGGGAGAGAGCGAGCACACCCCCCGAGCCCGAGCCCCACAGGGCAGGUCGCGCCUCGAGUGAGCGUGUCGGGAUUGGCACCGGACCAGCGCCAGGACCAACCAGCACGCCCUGCAGCAGAGCAGCCCGCCCCGCUGGCUCGGACCCCACCGCCUCCAGCCCCUCGGCGCCCUUGGGAUGCGGCUGGCGGGGCGGCCGCCCAGAGGCUGGGCGCGGCGCUGACCUGGCGCUAGACCUGGCGCUGUCGGGGGCCCCGGGGCGGCGCCGGGGGCGGCGGGGGGCGGCUCGGCGGCGGCGCGGGGGCUGACCAUGCGGCAGCACCAUGGAGCAGGAGAUCCAGCAGGAGAGGACGGCGGCGGCCGGCGGCGCGACGCGUCCCAGGCCCCUCAGCUUGGCGGCCCGCCGUGCAGGCGGAGAGGAGGCGCCCCCGCGCUCGGCCCGCACGCCCCGCACGCCACGGAUGGGGCCCGCGCCCAUCGCCUCCUUCGAGGACCUGCUCAGCCAGGACCUCGAGUCGCCAGCUAGUCCGAGCAGCGAGCAGCAGCCGCCUGGAGGCGACUCGGCGGUCGGCAGCGGCGGCGGGGGCGAGGCCAAGCUACUAGGCUUCCUCGAGGAGGGCACUGAGGACCUGCGUUCCUCUACCGAGGAGCUGCAGUUCCUAGAGGAGCCCGGCACCGUCGAGGACCAAGAGCGCCGACGCCGGGCGCAGAAGCGACAACGCAAGGAGAGCACGCAGUCGUGCCAAGCUGAUUUGGCGCCGUCCGACUCCAAGGAGCGCAAGGACUCGACGUGCAGCGCGGAGGUCGCAUUCCUGACGAGCCGCCUGUCGUCGGUGGGAUCUGCCGCAUCAGGGAGGUCGGGGAGGUCCGCUGCAUCCUCGGCGGCACCCUCGCGCUCACCAUCGCCGGGCAAGCUUUUGCUCGAGACGUCCUUCUGCGGAGUGAGGCCGGCGUCACAGGUCGUCAAGGUCCUCGGCGCCAGUGCCAGCCCGGGCCCCAGCCUCGGCCGCGGUGCGAGCCCGCACUCCGCGGUCCAGAGCCCAGGCCAGGGCGGCGACUCGGAGCGACAGAGGCGGCGGACUAUGGAGCGGCAAAUCGCGCUAGAGGGAGAAGCUCACGCGGCCGCCGCCCCACAGGAAGGCCUGCCCCUGUCCGCGCAGGGCUCCCCGCUGACGGACAGGGAGGAGCGGGAGCGCCAGGCGAGGAAGAUCGCAGCCAAGCGGGCCGACGAGGUGCGGCGCGCUCAGGGCAAGGAGCCCAAGCAGAGGCCGUACGACCGGGACGAGGCCGCUCCGCUCAAGAGCGAGCAGGCCAAGGUCAGGGAGUGGGAGGAGAGGAAGGUCAAGAAGAUGGAGGAGAAGGAGCUGGAGCUCAAGGCGGAGGCGGAGGCCGAGAUGCGGCUGGAGCUGGAGAACAAGCUGAAGGAGCGGCGGAACAAGGAGAAGGCCGAGAAGAAGCAGCGCAGAGCGGGCCGGCCGCGCAGCAAGUCGAAAAAGGACGAGGACGCUCUGGUGAGGAUCAUACCGCUGCACAGCUCGGACGAGGAGUACAGCGAGGACGACGACCAGGUCGGCGAGAGCGACGUGCAGCGACGGUACCAGGGCGUCGACGCGGUGGAGGACCUGGAGGUGCAGCGCCGGCACUGGCUGGAGACGCACGUGAGCCAGGACGAGGACCCCAACAUCGUCAGGAUCAUCCCCCUGCGAACCGCGUCCGUGGAGGUGGCUGAGAAGGAGAGGGAGAGGCGAGAAUCGGAGGGGACAACAGGGCCGCAUAGACAAACCCCGAGGAGUACCCCGUCCCCAAAGAGGCCCGUGGCGGAACCAAAGCUGGAGAAGACGACUGCCGUGUUGGAGGGGGAGCGCCCUUCCUCCAGGACAUCAGCGUCGUCGCGCUCGCCACAACCACCGCGCUCCCCACAGCCAUCGCUCUCCCCGCAGCCCCCACAGCUUUCGCUCUCGCCACAACCACCCAGAUCGCCACAACCGUCACUGUCGCCUCAGCCGGCCAGGUCGCCGCACACGCAGAGGUCACCACAGGGUAGGUCGCCGAUACCCGUGCGAUGUCCGCAGGUGCCGACAAAGUCACCGCAGAACGGAGGCGAGGGCACCGCAGGAAGGCGGGGUCCUCGGCGGAGAGUGGACCCCAACGCCCUCGUGAGGAUCAUCCCGCUGCACUCCGAGGACAGCUACGAGGGGUACGGUGAGGACGACACCGGCCCGCCCGUUCCCCCGCUGGACGAGACCUUACAUGACCUCGGCCUGCCGGGCGGAGUCCGCCCCGCAAAGCGCCCGGAGCCCAAGCCGAGCGCGAUGGGGGCCCCCAGGCCAGCCGAAGCCCCGCCACCAAGGCCCGCUGGGGACCAGGGCGCGGCGGGGCCUUCGCGGGCACCACCGGGGCCGAGGCCACCGCCUAUCGGGAGCACGAGUGCUCCCCGCGCGCCCGGAAAGGUGAGGCAAGGCCGCGGCAGGAGGGUGGACCCGAACGCGUUGGUGAGAAUCAUUCCACUGCACUCGGAGGACAGCUACGAUGGGUACAGCGAGGACGAGAGACCACCACCCAAUUUGGAGUCACCGACGGAUGGACCUUCGAUAUCACCACCCAUUACUUUGAAGACGACGAAGCCGUUGGAAAGUCGGUCCGAACGGUCCGAACCACCGCUGUCUCCACUACCGCCAAAGUCCCCACAACCACCGCCGUCACCCCAACCACCCAAAUCGCCGCUGCCACCAAGAUCGCCGCAACCCGCGACGUCAACGCAACCGCCUAGAUCUCCCCUGCCUGUGGUGAAUGAGGGGGCGGGUCCAUCGGGUGUUUCAGGGGCUGGGGGUAGUGAACCUGCCGCCACGCAGAGAGUUCCAGGCCGGCCGCGCGGGCCUCGGCGGAAAGUGGAUCCCAACGCGUUGGUGAGGAUCAUCCCGCUACACUCUGAGGACAGCUACGAGGGGUACGGCGAGGAUGACCUCCCCACGGACCUGCCUGCUCCGAAAGGGCCAAAGGGAAGCGAGGGCGUGGACAGCAUUGUCGACGAGAUCGACAUGUCCAAAUGGAGAGAGCCCUCGUUCGAGGAGAACGACAUGGUAAGGAUCAUUCCACUUAAGGGUGACUUGCCUCCUCCCCCGAAGCCGGCAUCGGGUGGGGCCCCGAAACCAAAGCCCCCCGCCCUGGCGACCACCGGUAGAACAAAAGCGGACUCUCGCCCUAGCAGGGCUGACGCGGCCGCGAGCAAGAAGUCGCCGAUGAUGCCUCCGGAGGAGGAGCUGGUCCGCAUCAUCCCGCUGCACAGCGACGACGAGGAGAGGGAGGCCAACAGGGACAGGUCGCCGCGCGCGCCCUCCUCGCUGGACCGGUCGCCGCGCAGCCCGCUGCCGUCCCCGGGCGUGGUGGACACGGUGCCGCGCUCCGAGCCCGUGCGCCGGCGCAGGAGGUCCGACCCCAAAACGCAGCCCCAGCAGGGCCUGACGCCGGGCCACACGGGCGACGAACUGGUGAGGAUCAUACCGCUCCACUCGGACAGCGACAGCGAGACAGAGCUGGCCGGCUACGCGGCCGCCGCGCGGGCCGCGAGAGAGCGGCCCAGGAAGGCGUCGGACGCGCGCUCCUCCGCGUCGCGGACCGGGUCGCGGGCAGGCUCCACCUCGCGUGCCAGCUCGCGGCCCGGGUCGGCGCGCUCCGAGCGCAUGGAGCAGCUGCAGAUCGUGCCGCUCACCGACCCGGACACGGUGGAGGAGACGGGCGUGUGCUUCACUCGCCGCGACCUGGCCAUCCAGCAGGGCCGCCUGACGCCGUCGCAACUGGAUUGGCACUCGCACGGCCGGAAUACUCCCUCGGACCCGCAGGAGCAGCAGGGUCAGCGAGGGCCGCAGGUGGACGACCCGCUGCGGUCCAAGCCCGCCACCCCGGCCACCCUGGACCUGGGCGACGCCCAGACGGGCACGUCGCCCAGGCAGCGGCGGCGCGAGGUCGAUGGCCAGUCGUCGCGAAGCCCGUCCCCGCCGGCCGCGCCGCCGCCCGCGUCCUCCGUGUCGGCGGGGCGCAAGGCGUCGUUGUCGUCCAUCCUGUUCCGGCGCGCCGAGGUGCACAGCCCGGACGAGAUGCCGGCCGCCCCCGCCAAGCAGAGGCGCGCCUCCGCGGCGCCCGCCAUGGUCGGGCUGCUCAAGGACGUGCGCGGCAAGAGUCGCGACCGCCACCAGCAAGCGCCCCUGCCCGGGGAGUCCGGCAAGCAGCGACGGGAGAGCAGGGACGGCGGCAGGGCGGCGGCCAUGGCGGCGGCGGCGGCAGGCCUCGAGCAGAGGGACGCGGCCAGGGAGUCAGGUGGCGGCGGCGGUGGCGGAGGUGGCGUCUUCUCGACGCUGUUCAGAAAGAAGUCCAUACCGCAGGAGCGAGCCGAGGCGCCCGCGCUGCCGCCGCCUCCGGCCCCGGGGAGGGACUCCGCGCCACAGCCGCCGGUGCUGCCAAUCGAGGGCGUCGAGUUUACCUUCACCUGCGAAGCGAGCUACAAGGAGUGUGCGCCAGACGCCCUGGACGGCGUGGACGUCACUCCUCUGCCCUCUGUGUCCGUCAACAUUCCGGCCUCGUCGCCCCCGGGCGCCUCUCCAUGCACACCCCCGGGUACACCCCCGAGCACACCUCCGGGUACGCCCUCGGGCACACCCUCAGGUACGCCUCCGGGAAGUAUUCUGGACGCGUUUGGGGACUCGUUCGUCAACGGUUCGCCCAUCCGCUGUGCCUCCAAGGAUCCGGUCGCCACCGCCCCAUCGACUGAGCUGCCCCCGGCACCCUCCGCGGAGCCUCCCCCACCUGCGGUGCCCAAAAAGUCCGCGUCGAGGGACUCGUGGCCGGCGCCGCCGCCUCCACUGGACGCCAACGCCAACCUCAGCGGCAGCGUGGAGGACGACCGGCACUCCAGGCACUCGUCCGGCUCCGAGCGGGAGGUGGUGCCGCCGCCGGCACCGCGGCCCGAGGGCGAGGAGGACGCGGAGGAGGACCACGAGACCAAAGGGCUGGUGCUGCAGCAGGACUCGUUCGACGACGAGCUCCCGUACGUGCCCGUGACCCUGCCCAUGGAGAGGUCUGUGGCGGUGCCGCUGGUCCCCGUCAAGGAGCGGUUGGCCGCCGAGGUGAAGACGUGCCCCAUCGACAGGCCGCGCAGCACCACCCCCAUCAACCCCUCCUCCCUGGAGGAGUACGUGGUGCCCGGCGGAGGCCCGGGCGCUGGAGCGUCCCCCGCAUCGGGCGUGCUCGCGCAGCUCACGCACCUCACGCCGGCGGCCGCGCGCGCCUGGGCGUGGGCGUGCGUGGCGUGCUCGGCGCUGUCCUGGUGCCUGGCGUGGGCCGUGUCGCGGCGCGGCGUGGCGGCCGCCCUCCUGCAGCUGGCCCUGCACGUCCUGCUCCACGCCCUGCUGCACCUGCUGCUGCAACGCCUGUCGGGCGCGGGCGCCGGCGGCCGGGAGAAGCUCCGCAUCAGCCUGCCCCGCACCGACUCCCUGACGCGGCGGUCGCGGCCGCAGACCAGGCCGUGGCACGACUUCGCCUCGCAGGCGCUCAAGCCGCGGAGUGACUCGCAGUCGCCUCCGCCGCCGCUACCGCCCAGGGCGCCGUCCACGACUCCACCCUCGACGUGGAUCAACUUUGACGAGGUGCCGGAGAAGCGCAAGGCCCCGGUCCGCAUCCAGACCAUCCCGUCGAGGGGCUCCAUCGUCACCGAGCCAGGAACGCCUGGGGCGGGGAGCCGCCCAGCCGCAGCCGGGACGGGGACCCCGUCGUCGGGCCACCAGCAUCACCACCACGUGCACUACGUGGACCCCGAGGACUGUCGGUGCGAGUGCCACGAGACCGAGCACCGGCACGGCCAGCCCGCCGGCUCUUCCGCGGCGCCCACCGCCGGCCCGGCCCCCGGCCUCACUCCUGGCGCCGCCUCCGGUCCUGCACCCACGGCCGGACCUCCGACGGGGCCCCGUGGCGCUGCUCCCGCCAGACCGCCCAAGGCCCGCCCCUUCGGCAUGGACCUGGACGUGUCGGGGAGCCGCAGCAACCGCAGCAGCGUAGCUUCCCAGAAUGAGCACUCCUCACCUGAAGGGCCUGAAUAAUGCAAAGACACUGAGGACUGAGUGAGAGCAGUGAGAGAAAGUGAAAUUUCAUUGUUCCAUCAAAGUUGUUUGUUGUUAUUUGAUAUUUAUGAUUGCAAUAGUUUAAUAGCAAUACAUUGCCUCAUAAUAAGUGUUGUUAAUCCAAGUUUUAUUGUGGAUCAUCAUCAAUUGUUUCCUUAUAAUGGGCUUUCCCUGUUGUUUUACAGACUUAUGUAACUGUUGAAAUAGUUAUUAUUAAUAUUACUAUUAUGAUUACUGCUAUUGAUUACCAUUAUUAUACAAAGGCUGUUUAUUAUGAGAGUACUUUAUGUACAACCUACGUUCAUAUUCAUUGUCUCCUAAUUGUCAGCCCAAUUUCCUCCUUUUCUCUCUCUUACAUAUUGUACAACCUGAUCUCCAGUUCCUGUGUAGGAUUUUUGCGCAUUACUUUUGACAUUGGUUUAAAUUUGUGUAAGCGUAAUCAUUGUCAAUGACAAUAUAAAGUGCACUGAGUAAUAAUUAUCUUUAUUCAAUAUAUCUAGCCUGAAAAAAGUGACUGGAAGUCAACAGCUGUAGGAGUGCCAAUAGUACUGAAAACUUAUCUGCUUUUAAUUCAGACAUAUUGUCUUAAGUUGAUCAAUUUCUUCCCAAGGAGUGCGUCAAAUGUAGAAAGUUCUGCCAUACUUCAAUUUAUCCAUUAAAUAAAUCGUAUCAUGAGCAAUAUGGUAGGUUAUUGUGUAGAGGCCUUUGUCCCAAAAAUUAAAGUUCCUCCUCAAACAUUUAUCAUUAAUUGGAUCAUGGAAAGGCACCUUUCAAGUCGUUGUGCACUGUUGGCAAUAUCUACAAUAUCUGGCAAUAUCAUCCUCUACUGACGUUCAAAGCCAGCUCUGCACGCCUCUUAAGAACUAUUUUGCAGCAAUUUUGAAAACAUAUCGGUUCUGAGCGCCACUGAGAGUUUCCAUCUACUUAAGAAAUAUUUUGUCUUAUUGACCUCUUUCCCAUUGCAGAGAAACUGACAAGUGACAUAAAUCAUCUUAGAUCUUGUUUCAUUCAGAUCAUUCCACAACCAUUUCAUACAUGAAAUUUUAACUGCCGUUAUUGUGUCCUGUUUUUAGAACUUUAUUUUGUAAGACUGAAAUUAUCCAGCUAUGUAUUACAAAGAUUUUAGUGUUGUUACUACAUUGUGGUCAAUGCACAAAAUUUGACAAAGAGGGAUGGGUUGCGUCUCUUUAUAUGUAUUUUUGAAAGGAAAUUUUUCCCUUCAGUGUCCGGCAGUUUUACCCCCUUUACAACAUAUGUUUUGGAGGAGCCGGCCUAAAGCUAAUAUUGAAAAAAAUGCGGUAGUAAAUAAAGUGUAUCAAUAUAUUGAGCGCAACAGAUUUUUUUCCCCCUCUACUGAAGGGACAGAACAAUGUCUACUUAAUAUCAAGUGACAAAAGUUUGACUAAAUUUUGUUCAUGCGAAAAGGAUUUCACCACUUUAAAAGGAAGACUUUUCAUGGCCGCCCUAGUGAUUUUUUGUUGUGUACUACAAGAAAACAAAAGUAUUCAACUCAGUACAUAUCGCAAUCAUAAGAUAGUAUUGAGUAUUUAUCUGCAACAAAUUCUGUAUUAUAAGGUUGAUCUGGCUUUGUUAAUUAUUGGUAUUUUUGUUUCACAUAAAUUUCUCUCAACAUAUGGCAAUUGCUAUUUUCUCAAAUAUUUGUGUUGGUACUGUACUUAAAUUGAUUCCGCCUCUGUGUUUUCAGGACAAGAAAGAUUAUUGGAGGCUCAUAUACACUUCGGUAAACAUGUUGUAUUUGUUUCUGUACAAUGUGACAAAUGUUGUUGUUUUGUGAAAAUUGUUUAAAAUUAAUUUGAUCUAAAUUAAGGCCUUGUUAGUGUUGUUAUACUAGGUUGUGUUUCAAUAACUAAACUGCCAGAGAGAUAAAGUGCCCGCAAGUAGCUGUUAUUUAUGUAAUUGUUUCAAGCAAACAUAUGCAAGUGUUGACGUUUCCUAAAGAGCAUAGAGCCCAUCAAACAUAUUUGGGCAUUCCAUGCCAUUGUUAAAACUGUAAUAUCUGUUAUGUAAAGAAUCCCUUGUUGACGGUGUUCAUUUCAAAAUAUAUUUAGAAUGUUCUCUUCUA